AUGUCUCAAGAAGCUUUUGGCAAUGUUGAGGAUUACCAGUCAUCCAGUAGUGUUGGUGUUAUUUCCCCUGAACCUGGGCCGUCUGGGGAAGCUUCCCCAAACUUGGAAUUGGAUACAUCUUUAACUGACACACAAUUUAUUGCUGCAGCUCCCCCUAACCGUUUAUCUUUUGGUUUUGGAACAGAACAAUUGGCAAUACAGAGGAUAUUUGCUUGUUGUGGAAUUUUAUUUAUUAUGGGCUGUUAUUUGUUGCAUAUUGUCUCUAUUGUUUAUGGAAGACGUCGGUUACACAAAACUGGCUUAUCUAUCAAUAGAGAGGAGGAAGAACAAGAGGAUACCAAUCAUGAAACAAAACAAAAACAACAACAAAACAAACUUAACAAAAUAAACUUGUCGUCCCAACUUCCCGGUGUUUCAAUCUUAAAACCUUUGGUUGGAAUGGAUGAAAAUUUGGAAGAAAAUUUGGAAUCCUUUUUUCUUUUGGAUUAUCCACAGGCAAGGAAAUUUUUUAAAAAAUUCAAAAAAAAAUUUUUCUAG